AUGGCAGGCCAAGACGGUUCUCGGGAGCCGCCGGAUCGACCGCGCACCCCUUGCAAUGUAACCCCGAAGAGAGACGGCAGCGGAAAUGACCACGGGUACAACUCGUUCCCUGGAUACAAUACAGCCUCGUCGCGAGCGUCAGACACAAGACCGCCGACGAAACCGGCCGGCGCCCGCGUCCUGGCACCGGACCUGCUGCGCGGGCUGCUCAUGAUGGUCAUGGCCCUGGACCACGCGGCCCUCGCGCUACACACGUGGGAGCAUGGGACGGGUCGAGUCGCCGAGGCAGACGGGCAAGCGGUGCUGCGUUGGAACACGACGGCGGCGUACGCGGUGCGCACCCUGACGCACCUGUGCGGCGCGGGAUUCACGUUCCUCCUCGGUAUGGGCGUCGUGUACCUGGGCAGGUCACGCACGAGGCUGGGAUGGUCGGCAGCGCGGCUGGCGCGCUACUUUGCGGUGCGGUGCGCGGUUCUGACCGCCGUUACGGCCGUCUUUGGGCUCGUCAUGACGGGCGGCCGGGUGUGGUUUCUGAACGGGGUGCUGUUCUCGCUGGCCGUGGACUACUUGCUCGCUGGGCUGCUGUGGCUGGCCAUGGACAGGACCGAGGGUUGGCUGACGCUGGCGAUGGCACGGGUGGGAAAAGGCUGGACAGACGACGACGAGUUGGCGGCGGAUGAUGACGGCGUCACACGGCCCUUGCUCCGGGCGCGGGACGAUACACGGGCGACUGCGGAGAGGUGCGCCCAUCUAUCGUGGAGUAUUCACAACGUCUUGUUGGCGGUAUUGAGCCUGGUCACCAUCUUCUGGAACAUCUGGCUCAGCGACGACGGCGGCGUCUGCGCCCCCAGCAGAGAGGACGUUUCGACACGCUCCAGUCCGUCGAGCCCAUUGCUUCGCGUCUGGUUCUGGGUCAUGAUGGACGUGCAGUCGCGCGUGGUGUCGGGCUUUCCGCCGCUGGCGUGGCUCUCGUUUGCGCUGCUCGGCAUGCUCUACGCGCGCGUCACGACGGCACGCCCGUGGACGCGCCGGGCCCUUGUCCUCGGGCACGUUCUUGGGGUCGUGUGCUUCUCCAUCCUCUUCGUGCUCACGCGCGUCCUCCAUCUGGGCAACCUGUCCGAGCGGUGCCUGCAGACGCCCGACCAGCAGCGCCGUCCCGGCCAGAACCAGUACCUGGCCUCGGCCGCGUCCUUCUUGUACGUGGUCAAGUAUCCGCCCGACGUGGCCUUUUUCGCGCUCACCAUGGCGGGGAACCUGCUUCUUCUCGCGCUGUUCACUGCUGUUCCGCCGCGGGUGGCGAGGCGCUUCGGCAUGCUGCUGGAUUUCGGAACGAGCGCGCUGUUCUUUUACAUUGUGCACAUGGUGGUUUUGUUCGGGGCGGGGACGCUCGUCGUGGCGGCAUGGGGGCGCGAGACGGGCGUCGCCGACCCGAUGGAUCCUGAGAAGACGAGGGGGGUUGAUAAUUUGUUUGGGCUUCACCGGUCAAGCGGCAUGUCGACCGACGGGGUGAACCACCAUGUAUUUACACAUGCGGGAGAUGCUGACUGGCGGCAGGCCACUUCCAACGCCAAAGACACGAUUGGCUACGGCACAAAGGUCGUCGGCGGCGUCUCGCCCGGCAAAGGCGGCCAGACGCACCUCGACCUCCCCGUCUUUGGAACCGUCAAAGAGGCCAUGGAGCAGGUCGACCCGCACGUCAGCGCCGUCUUUGUGCCCGCCCCCUUCGCGGCCAGGGCCAUCAUCGAGGCCAUCGAGGCCGAGGUGCCCGUCAUCGUGUCCGUCGCCGAGCACAUCCCCGUCCACGACCUCCUCCGCGUGCAGGAGGUGCUUCGCACGCAGAGCCGGUCGCGCCUCGUGGGGCCCAACUGCCCCGGCGUCAUCGCCCCGGGCCAGUGCCGCGUCGGCAUCAUGCCCUUCCGGCAGUACGCCCGGGGCUGCGUGGGCAUCGUGUCCAAGUCGGGCACCCUGAGCUACGAGGCGGUGGGCGCCACGACCGCCGCCGGCCUGGGGCAGAGUCUUGUCGUGGCCGUGGGCGGCGACCCCAUGCCAGGCACGACCAUUGUCGAUUCCCUUCGGGUAUUGUUUGAGCAUGAAGAGACGGAGGGCGUUAUUGUGAUUGGCGAGAUUGGCGGCGAGCAGGAGCUGCGCGCGGCCGAGAUGAUUAGGGAGUAUAGGAGGUCGACGCCCAACCCGAAGCCGGUGGUGGCCAUGGUGGCGGGACAGACGGCGCCGAGGGGCAAGGUCAUGGGCCAUGCGGGUGCUGUUUUGAAGCCGGGGGAUGUGACGGCCGCCGAGAAGGCGAGGGCUUUGGAGGACGCGGGUGCCGUGUUGGUGCCUCAUCCCGGCGUCAUGGGCUCUACCAUGAAGGCCCUCCUGGGGCGGUGA